GUUAACGUUAACACAAACAUUAACAAUAUCAACAUUAAUGUAUCCUUCUUUUCAUUCUAUUCUAGACGUGUUACCUUUACAAUAACCUCUAUCAUCAAUUAGUCGAACACCGUGCACAUACACACAUACACAUACACAUAUACACACAUACACACAUACACACAUACACACAUACACACAUACACACAUACACACAUAUACACAUACACGCUCUCAGUUUCCUCAUAUUACGCCUUCACAUCAGUACCUACACCAGAUACAGCUAUAUCCAUAAUGCAUCUCGUUCCGCGAAUUCUUUUUCUUUCUCCCUUACUUCUGAUACUUCCUUUCGCUCUGGUUCAUAGAUUGGCUCAGCAAGGCAAUUCUCCAUUUCCUGAUAAGGAUCCACAUCUUGUGUCAAUUUCGCAUAAUCAAUUGAUAUUUUCCCAAAGAUCAUCUACCCCCCUGUUUCGGGAUGUGCCUUCAAUGUUGGAAAAAAACUCAAGUCUUACUACUUGUGCCGAAUCACAUGUCUUCUCUUCUCAUUCUCUUAUACGAGCAGCAUCACAUGAGGUACAACUAAAUGCAGUCA